ACAAUGAAGGUAGAUUUACAAGUACUUUAACAAUGAAGGUAGAUUUACAAGUAUUCCUUAGAUUUCAACAAUGAAGGUAGAUUUACAAGUGCUUGCGGCCUCAUCUAUCAAGAGGAAGAAGCCAUGGCCAAGAUUUGCCUGGCUAGGGCAGAGUACAGAGAGUCUGUUUAUGGUUGAUACUCACCGUUUGAGUGUGCUUUAUCUUCCAUCUGGGAAAACCAAGCGUACCAUUCCUAAAGUCAGCCCUUUAUUGAAAACAGCAGCCACUCUAAGCACAUCAAACAAUGGAGCCUAUGUUUGUGGCUUACUUCAAUCUGGAGACCUGUUCCUCUGGCACAAGGACACAGAUCACCUUAAAUCCAUCACAGGAACUCCUGCAUUGUGUAAAGAUAUUGCAGGAGGAGCAAAGCCAGGGCUGUGGGUAUCAGACGAUGCAGAUAGGGUCCUAGUUAUGAAUCCUCUGAGGGAGAUCUUUAUGUGGGAGAGCAGGAUCAAAAGUGCAACAGGGACAUGGACCAAAGUAGAAGUGGCACAUGGUCACAGUAUUCCAGCUUCAGAAUGCAAAGAGACUGCAGUCAGUGUGGUUUUCUACAAUAACCAGGCUCUAGGGAAAUGUUGCGAGUGUUCGAUGGUGUUCUAUAGAGAUGGACAGCUACACAUCACCACCGUGUUGUUACAGUGGUAUUUAGAAGGACCCAUCCACUCAGAUAGGGCCCCAGGUUAUAAUGCAGAGUGGUCUGAAAUGUGUGUCAACUUAGCUAGGUACAGGUGUAUCCCUGUACGAUCUAGAGGCGCUCUACUGGCCAAGUACACCCACUCAGGGGGCUCUCUAGGGGUUAUUGUGAACCAACGUAACCCCCUACAUACCAUCAGCCUUACUGUAAGUCCCUUGACACAUUCUGUGCUAGUGAACAGCAUGAAGGGAUGUGGUACCAGAGCAGAUAAUCAACAGCAGGGGAGGAAAUUCUGGAUCACUGAUAUAGCCUGGACUCACAAUGAUACAUUUCUGGUGUGUAUCACAAAGCAUGGUUUUGUCUGCACUGCCUGUAGGGGAGGAGAACCAGUGUCAAUUCAGAGCCAGGGGUGCUCAGUCGAGAUGGGCCCUGCUCUUUACCUUCCCCUGCAUCCCCUCAUAACUGUACAGACAAAGAAAACCACUUCAGUUCCCCAGGCUGAGGUAGACCAGUCAAUAACAUCAACCCAAUCAGAUGCCGACCAAAUGCGUCAACGGUUUUCUAUCUCAACACAUCCUAGAUUACCCAUAAUCCUGUGCUCCGAUGGAUACCUUGUAACUGUGCUCCAAAUAGACGCUAAUACAUCAUGCGCUAUGGUUGUUAAGGGUUUCAUAUUUGAAGCUAACUUGCACAUAAAGACGAUAAAGGAUACAUUAGGAUUAAACACUACACUUGCUGACUCCAUGCAUACAAGAGACGCCAGCUUCUUGAAUAUGUCAAUAGGCUCACAAAUUCGGCAAAAACAGAAAAAUAAAUUAAGCUCAGGGAUGAAUCUUGCUCAACAAAAGGGUAAAACCAAAAGUAAUUUUGAGUUUGAGAAAUUGAGCGAUACUCUUGAUAACACUGGUACAAGUGAUUUAAGUGGGACUUAUUAUGGGGAUAGAACUACCCCUGGUUUAUUCUUUGGUGCUUCUCAGGCUGAAUCUGGUAGAAUUGACUUUGGAGACAUUGAAGCUAUAAGUGUUGAUAGCUCUAUUGAAGACUAUGCCAAUCUUGGCCAGAUGUCCGUCCAUAUAUCAAAAGCAAGGGAUCUAUUAAAAACAGCCUGGAACCUUGUGGUGACUAAUACUGAACCCUGGGGUCCUGAACUUGAACUACACACAAAACAUAUAAAGAGUGGACUGAGCGAGGUGAUUAGAUUUAUGCUCAAUGUAAAUGAUGGUGCUAGUGACAAUGAAGAACCCAUCAAAAUCAAGAUCACCAAAGUACUCUCAUUUGUGUGUGAUCUCCUACAAAUGCUACACUUUGAUACAAUUCGGCAGGGAAUGAUGACUCAUGGGCUAACUUUAAUACUCAGGAGCAUGCACACUAUACUAAGCUACCAGGAAACUUCUGUUAAUUUCACACGGGUGGCCUUAUUACACAGCACCUGGCAGUUUAUGCAGUGGGUCAGUAAAAAGAUGAACCAGAUUUAUGCUUGGCUCCCCAAGCCUAUCCAAAUGAACGCUAUCCCCAGACAUGUUCAGCUUGGAUAUACUGAUUGGAGAGAACCUGCUAUACUCCUUGCCCUGGCUAACACCUCUGGGGCACUCUCCAAGCAGAUCCCAACAGCAGGUACCUCACAAGAGAGCACUUUAUCAGUCUCCAUGCAGCAGAAUGAGAGUAUGGCUGUAGCUUCUCUAAUUGAAAGAAGACUGUCCAUAGCCUGGAAGCUGUUGUAUAUAGAGUCUACAGAACAUUGGUGUAACAUAACUCGCUCUCGCUCUAAUAAACAAGAGGUGGCAAAAAUGUCUGCUCUUACACUGGCCUUACAACACAAGAUACAGGCACUAGGGUGCCAAGUGCCAUUUAAGUCAUCUACACAAAUAAAUAAAGGUUGCCAGCUGUACUUAGAUGGGAUGUAUGAUGCAGCUGUGGAUGAAUGGAUGCUACAGCUGUCUCAGUUAACAGAUGACGAGAGUACUAGUGUCUUACCAGCUCGUCUCCUACUAGCUAUUGCCUACACACACUUACACCAGCAUUGCUUGUAUGCUGUCCUAGACCUUCUUCUUAGUGCAAUGUCACAACAUGACCCUCGUAAUAUACCUGCCCAGCUAGAGAACCAGCACCUUACCACCAUCAAUGUACAGGUGUGGAAGAUUGGUGACCCACUACCCCCUGUUGUAACAUGCCCUAACUCAAGAAUCCUUAUACAGAAUGUUGGGCGGUUUAUGGCAUCUUAUUUCACAAGUUCAACUCUUUAUGUCUACCCAGCACACCAGCCUAGAGUCUUGUCUCCACUUAUGAGCACCUCACAUGAAGGUCGACUAUUAUUAGUAGACAGGGCCAGUAUAACCCAAGCUAUUAGUGAAGAGGGUGUGUCAGCUCUAUGGACUGUAGAUGGCUGUCUCCACUACCUGCUACUGGGGGGUUUAGUCUCUGAGGCGGUUUGGUUUGCUCACUCUAUAGGUGACUGGAAGUCGGCUCUCAUACUUUCUGUCAUGUGCAAGAAGGUAUCCGCUAUAAGAAAUUGGACAGAGUGCGUACCUUUGCCGCAAGAACUUCAAGCUGAAGAGUUGAUGAAGAGUAAACUGCUAAGUCUAGUUCAGUCCUGCACACAGAUCAACCGCCAGUCCAACUCUAGCCCACCUUCCAUACCAACACCAGAGGGUAAACUACAGAGAUCACAAUCUCUAAGCACAAUUCAAAGCUCUACAGCAUCUCCACGUUACAAUGCAGACUCCACUCUUGAGCAGAUCUCCAGAACAUUGGGGGAUACCCUGCAAUGUGGUGUUAUAUGCGGGGUGUCCCUCACCCCCUGGUUGCUGGGCAAGCUAAUAGAUAAACUGAAGGCUGUGGUGUCUAACAUGAGUACGCUUGUACCUGAAGGAUUCUACCUUCCUGCACCACCCCUCUAUUGUCCACAACCUACAGUCACUGAACUGGGAGUACCAUGUAUUGGGGUUGAGGACGAGCAGAGAUAUAGGGAGGAGAUAUCUAGCAUUGUACAGCUUAUCCUGAUGGUCCUACAAGUCUCCAACCUUGACCUUCCAACUGCCAGGUGCUACACACACAAACUUAACAUUCUGCGUAAAAUGAUGGGCAACCCAACUAAAGAAGAAGCUAGGAGUCUGAGAAACUUGCAAGAAAACUUCCUCCAGCCCCAAGACAUACUGACACCCCAUGAGGACCAGACAGAUAUAUGUGAGAGUCUCCAUGCAUUCAGAGAACUUUGUUGUAAUCUAUGGCAUCUGAAAGUCCGAGAUUCGCUGACUCAACACUUGAGAAUUAAAAAACGCAUGGCGGAAAAUGCUGGAUAUCCUGCCCAGGUUAGCAGAAUGUCUUCCACUGCAUGGUUGGAACAUGCGCAUAGGAGCCUUAACUGGGCCACAGCUAUGCUUCCCUUCACUCGCUUCAUGAGCAAUGAAAAUGAGGCUUAUGACAUUGUUCUCUCCCUAUUGGAAGAACUUCCAGCCAAUCAAGAUACUGCAAAUCUCCUCGCUGAACAUUUCUAUGACAUUGACAGUCUAGAUCCCAUAAUCCAAGACAAAGUGAAUAGGUUAUUGAAAGAAUGGCGGAGAGUUAAAAUUCAGAAAGUCUCAGGAAAAGGAAAAUCAAAGUCUAAAAAUACCAAAAACCUCAUACUGUCAGUAUAUUUCCAUCACCAAACUAAACGAAUGGUGAAAGAAAAGGAAGAUAGAAUAGCUCUGCUUGGAGAGUAUGAGGAGUUUAUAUACACAGGGGAACCUAGUGUCCAUCCUCCAUGCAUUGGCUCAAGAUCUUAUGAAGCUGAUUUUGAGUUCUGGAAAUUCCUUGAUACAUUUCUGGAUAUUGCUCUUGCGAGGUCCAUACAGAAUGAGGCAGAUCCUGACCAUAAACAAUCACAGCCAUAUCUCAAACCUUUCUUCAAAGGUAUCACAAACUCUCAGCUAGAGUCGGUAGCUAAGAAAACAUCUAUUAAAAUGCACCUGAAGAAUAAACUUGGAUCUACCAUGGAAUAUCUGCAAGAUGAACUCAAAUUCACAAGUUCCUCCCCAGGAGAAAAAAGUCCUAAGGAAAGUGCAAUGAAACCUCCAUCCUCACCCCAGAAGUUCUUGCCAAAAAGUACUAAUCAUAAACCAAGAGGAUUAUUCAGGAGUAAAAGCUUGAGUGAACUACAACCAAUCAGGAGAGGAGAUCAUAGGGUUGCUAAGGUAACCCCAAUACUGAGGCAUAGAUCAUCCAGUCAAUCUAAUCUAAAAAGUUCACCAUUGAGGAAUAAACCCUUGAGAAAGGCAGAUCAAGGGGGAUCAAGUAGUGACCUGAGGAAAUUUGUAACAUUCAAUCAAACAAAACUUCAGAAGCUUGCCUCAGCAAGUAUGAAAAGUCUUGGAAGUACAUCAUCCCAAACCAUCAAGUCUUGGGCUGAAGCAACUAAGAAAUCAAAACCAGCAAUACUAGAGCCAUUACAGAAACCAAUGGACUUGGUCAAAGUUGAUAAUAUUGAGAAAAAAUUUGAAAAACUUGGAAAGUUUCUUAACUGGCUAGUUCACUGGUCUGGGAAACACCAUGUGUUUCAGUUGGGUCCUGACACUAAUGAAAAUGAACACAAACAUACUAAGAAGUCCAGCAUUAGAGUGAAUGUAACAACAUCUCUAUUGUUACACAGUGUCUGGAUUGUGAACCAAAUAACAACACUAAGUGACAAUGAAAAAGUCCAAAAUCUUGCAUCUGAACCUGCUAUGGAAACUCUUAAUGAUUCUGUUAGGCUUCCCCCAGAGGUUGAUAAUUCUGUUGAGGCUAAUGAAAGUUCUAAAGAUGUUACAAACAAAAGCGAAAAUGAACCUCAAACUUACAAACCAGCCACGCCAUUGCAUCAGAAAAUAUUGAAAAGAAUGAGGCAGAAAUCUACAAAAACCAAACCAAAAGAAAAAGAAAAUAUGAAUAAUCGUGAUACAAAGCCAAAACAGAAAAAGGUGAAAGGUAAACAAAUAGAUCAUAAGGACCUGAAUUCAUUUAAAGCAGACAAAAGUAGAACCCCUGAUGAGAAUAUUGGAACACCUGCAUCAGCCAAACCUUUAACAGAGUCAGUGAAGAUCCCCAAUCAGCAAAUCAAAGAGGUGCAAAAUGUGAGCUUUAAUGUUAGUGACUCUUCUAACUCAACGCUUGGUGUAAGCUCUAUAGAAUUGUCUACUGGUUCUCUUAGGUCUUUUCUGCACAAACUUUCUAAACCUGGCCUAAGGCAAGCAGGGCAGGAACCGUUAGACUCUACAGCACUCCCAGAUUUUGAACCUACAGAUGCUGGUCAUCCCAAGUCAGGUUCAGGUAUUGUAGAAGAUACAAUGGCCCAUUCUCCAUUGCUUCUGCCUACUGCUGAUAAACCUAGCCAGAGUCUAGAGGCAGUGAACACAAAUGACUCAGGGAGUAACAUGGGAGAACAGACAGGUGACUUUGGGGUACACUCUGACAACUUUGAGGUGCAGUCUGGCAAUCUCGGGGUGCAGCCUAGCAAUCUUGGAGUGCAGCCUGGUGAUCUAGGGGUACAGUUGCAAAACAUUGUCAGGGGAGAAAUGAGAAAAAUUAUGGAGCUUCAACACCAGGGUCUCCUAGCUAUGAUAGGUGCUAUGGAUGGCGCACCCCUUCAACAGCCAACAUCUGAUACACAAAUACCUCAAGCCUCUAAAGUAUCAAAAGUAUCAAACAACCAACAACCGAACAUAUCCAAGAAGAAUUCUAGUCAUAAACACCAGAGAAGCAAACCUAGGAAAAAGAAAGUCGAGCCAUCCGUUGAAGAGUCAACGGUGGAGGCUACAGGGACAUAUAGUGACACUAGUAUUGAUAUUAGCAGUAAAACAUUAGACCUAGAUGAUCUCAGAGCUCCAACUCUCAAGUCUAAAGUAUCAACACUACGUGAUACUGAUACCCCUUUUAAUAAGGACAAGCCAAAAUAUUCUAGUGUUGUAAGUGCUUUGAGGGAGUUGGACAACCUUAAAGAUAUUAACUCGAGACCUCAUUCAACUCCUAAAAAGUCAAGCAUAGACCCUAUUGAUAAGGAAAACAUCCAGGCAUACCCAAUCAUGGGCCAACCCGAACCAGGUAGUCAAAAUCAACAAGGUUUCAUGAAGUUCUCUGCACAAAAUCCACCGAAGUUGCUCAAAAUGCCUACCCAAAAGAACACAGAUUCUCAAGUUAUGUUAAAACUUCCGAAGUUGCCCACGAGAGCAGAGCUACUUGGUUUAACUGAUGAAAAUAAACAGAAAGAGGCCACCCACAUGCCUUUACUACAAAUAGACAAUGCAUAUCCCCAAAUACCAGAGGCUCCAAAGCAUUACAAUUUGGGCAGUUUUCACAUCCCCACUAGCAAGGCAAAUCAUGCUAGGACAUAUGAAGGUGGGAUCACAGAUAGGCCUGAUAUCUUUAUGUUCCACCCAAAAUCCUCUGGUCAGGGACCCAAUAGUGGAUCUAGGCAGCAAAUACCCAAAUAUAGACCACCAAGUACAUAUGAACCUAGCCAAUAUGGACCUCGUCAACCUGACCCCAAAUAUGGGCACAACCAACCUACUAAACCCUUUCCCUUGUUACGUCUUCCAAAAGCAAUUGACUUUUUAACUCAAGGAAAUGCAGGUGCUCCUUCCAUGAUACACCCACAUUCAGACAUUUCACACGAGCAGCAGGAGAAACCCACUGAUAGAUACCCAUCAGGAGACACAACAAUUACCAAUGAGAUGGUAACUAAGGAAGAGCCAGAGGACCUUCCCAGUAAAGAAUCAGAAUCUAUGCCAGAUCUUAAUGCAACUCGAAACAGCAGAAAGAGGAAGGAAAGAAGGGAUAGGCUGGGUGAGUCUCAGUCAGAGCCAAACUUGGCUUCUAAGAGAGAUACGCCUGACAAAUUGAAAAUGGAGUCGAGAGGAACAACAACUUUUUUGGAAUCAAAUAAACCAACAUUCCAGGACUCCACACAACAAACAGACCCCAAAGUUAUAAUAGAAGAUGACCCUAAUAUGGCUCACCUUGAGGUAGAUGAUGUAAAGACUAGUGAUGGCUAUGCUAUCACACCUGGUACAUUUGAUGAGUACUUUGAACACCAAGAUGAACUGGGAGAGGUUUAUGACAAUAAUGCUAAGAUACAACUAGCAGCAGCCACUGGAAUAAGACCUAAAACUAGAAAGACUGUAUCAUUUGCGGUAGGCGUACAGACAAGCGAACCCCCAACAGAUCAAGAGUACAAGUUCAGCACUAAAGCGACCCCUAUUGAAGAGUGUGUGAAUGAUUAUAUGAAAGCUAGGGCAGCACAAGGCAACCUUCUAGCUCCAAAUAUAUUCUUUGGCCUGAGAUUUGGUGACCAUGACAACGCACCUCAGAGUGAUGUCAUACCAGGAACAAAUGGCAAGUCUGAAGGAAGAUCAUACAUAAGUGUGGUGGAUAUUGACUCAACUGCAGUUGAUGAUCUUGUAUCUAGUAUACCCCCAUCUAAAUCUGAGCCCAACGGCACAGGUCUACCACACAGAACUGUAUCACCAAAUCAACUUCAACAGCCCAUACGUCAACAGAGUAGACUACCACCUAAGCCAGAAGGACUUGAGGAAGGACAAGAUGGCAAUCCACAGAAAGAACCAGAGAAAAAACGAGGAUCCGAUCCAUUGACAGUGAACUUAUUUACAGAUAACCAAGCUGGGGAGGAUCAGUUUGUCCUACCCUCUGUUGAGACAUAUGGGCAGAGUAGACGUCAGAGAUCCAAGGCUGCCAUGCAAGCUCAACUGGAACAGAUGGGAGACCAACUGCAAGCAAUUGAUCAGAUGUCGCAUACAAUGGAAGGGGAGCUUCAGAAUUCAAGAGCUUUACUUCAUACAAUUGAGGCUGGGGCAACAAUAGAAGCCCAAGAACCAGAUAUAUACAAAGAUAUGGGAAACUUGAGACCUUCACAAGUGAAGCAAUACAAUACAGGAACUAGGAAGCAUGAUCAGGAGAGGGAAGAUUAUGAAAUACCCAAUUUAGAAGAUAAUCUUGCUCCAAAAGAGAGGGUACAGCAAAUAAAAGACAAACUAAACCCCAGGCCAACUAAAGUCGAUUUCAACCAAGACUAUAACAACAGGGAUGAAUCUGAGAUUGAAGAGAGCGAAUCUUAUGAAAAGGGUGAGAGCCCUGAAAGGUUAUCAACUGACAGUAAGCCUCAAGUAGGAAGUCCAGAAGAAGGAAGUCCUGAGAGAUCAGUGACACAGUUUGAAUUGACUGGACUAAGUGGAAUCAGUGACAUCAUAGGGGAAGUCCUGGCUGAUGAGGACAUUAAACCUGGAGACGUAGGACUCACUGAAAAAGAAAUGCUUCACCUCAAGAGCAAGGCUGGGCCUGACAAAGGUGAGUUGACUACCAGGGAGUUACAGGCAAUAUUUGGUGAUCCAAAACACAAAGGCCCCAUCAGCCCCCAGCGCACAGAGGCACAGAGAAAGAGGCUACAUGCAUGGAUGGCAGAACGAAAACAACAACAGGACACAGCAUACAGACAGCAGCUGGAUGAGAGAAGGGGCCUGGAGAGGAAUCCUUAUGUGCCAAAUGAUGAUAUUUUCAAUAAGAGUGCUUCAACAAUGAAGGAAAUCCAAGAAUUAGAAAACUCUAGGUUAAAUGAGAAGACUGAGAGAGAAAGUGAAUUUGAUAGAAAGCGUCGUAAACAAGCAGAAAGACUGAUGGGUGAGAUACUGUCUGAUACCCUAGAGUUGCCAGAUGAUAACCCAGCAAGACUGAUGCCAGAUGCGUCAAGGAAAAUUAAAAUUUCACAGAAGAAGAAGGCAUUAACAAGAGGCAGGACUCCUGAUGACUUCCAUAGAUAUGAAACUCCAAUGGAUAAGUAUACAGAAAGUCCUGAUGAAUAUAGAGACUCAAGACUCAGUCACUACAUCCAGGAUGAUUAUGCAAAAUAUCCUCUGCCAGAUCAGCAUUUUGGCCAAACUAGAACUAUACAGCAUUUGGCUCAAACUAAAUCACAACCCAGAGCUUCCACAAGUAAUCAACAACAACAGGGCCAAAGAAGAGAAGGCAUCAGAGACAGAAAAGGACCUGAGAGCACCCAAGGUAGAGAUGAGAGGAAUCAGAGGAGGUAUUUGGAGCCUCUAGAUGAAGAAAAUGAGGACAGUUCUCGUCCAGUCCCUUCACCCCGUAGAAGCAUUCAACAAAAGAAGGAUGAUGAGAGAAUGAAAAGCACUUACAAGGCAGCUCCAUUCACCAGUAAAGUGAGACUUCAGAGGCCUGAGGUGACCCGCAAACACAGGGAACAACACAGGGAAUCUGAACCUUAUGUUGACAGACUGGCCAAGCUAACAGCUACUGAGGGUAACUUUGAUGUUUCCACCCCAAUCACUCCAAGAACUAGGACUGGUCUUAGACCUAGAGUACCAGCCACUCAGGAAGCUCAAAAUCCUAUCAGACGUGGCAUGCGGACCUCCCCUCAGAAACGCCGUCCUCUCACUUACACAGAGCGCUUGAAGCAGUUGCAGCCUCCUAAGUCCAAGUCCACGAGGAUAAUGAAUGUGCUGUCUCCCAGAAAGACCCAAAUGAGGACACAGCCUGGCCCAACACAUAAGCCAAAGACAUACACUCAACAACUUCAAGAGAUCAACGCAGCUGCACCUAGGGCCUCUUUCAGGAGAGCCUAUUCUCCUGCCCCACUGACCAGUAGGGCAAGAUCAAGAGCCAGACCCUAUGCUAGCCCCUAUGCUGAAAAUAUAGACAGCGACCAAGAUACUGAACUCAGCCCUUGGUCAGUGGACAAUGAUGUAAGAAGGAUCCUUUAUAGAGACGAUAGUUACACUGGGAUAGUAAGCCAUGCACAAAGUCAACUGACUGAUCCAGAUGAGAUGUCAUAUCUACAGGGUGACUACAAUCAUGGAGACUACAAUAUACAGGGUGAUUAUACAGCUUCUGUGGAUAUAGCUGACUUGGUUCAGGUUGAUGAGCUCUCUAUGAGCAAUGGAAGUAUAAUGAGCUACAUAGACUGGGAUGCUGUAGAUGAUCUUAUUGCUGAUGUUAAAUAGCUAAAGCUUGGUAGCUAGAUGUGUGUAUAUCAUAUACAUUUAGCUACAUGUUCAUCAUAGCCCAUUUUAAAUCUAGAUUCUAGAUAUGUACCAAAUCUAGAUAAUGUUUUUUUUGUUUUUUUUUGUUUUAUUUAUACAAAGAAUACUUUUAUAACAAGUGCAC